AGGCGUGCCAACUUCCAUCAAACUGCAUCUCUGAGUUCUAUCCAACUAAAAAAACCCCAAAUUCACAUUGACACAAGCAGCACCAGUGGCUGCUAACAAAUAAAAACAAAUAGAAAACAUAAACUGUUGAAAUUCAAAUAAAAACUAAACACCAAACAACACAUACAAAUGCUGCUUCCACAACGCUAAAAUCAAAUAUAAAAAUAAACAAAAAAUUAUUUCAUAAAUAAAUGAAUAAAUUCUUCAUAUGAAACCCGUUGUGCAACAAAAAACGUCAAGAUGAGUAUGACAGAGAUGAUGCGCGGCAAGGCGAUGUCGCCGGAGAAGAUGCAGAACAUCAAGUUGGCCCAGCAUGAAUUUUCCAAUGUCCGCUUGGUGCAAAUUGGCUGCGUAAUGGGUGUCCUGGCAGAGGCUAUUGAGCGGGUCAAGAUAUCGCUGAUUCUGCCCAAAUUGUUGGAGCAUCCAGCUCAUAUGGCCAAGGUCCUUCAAGGUACAAAAUAUGAGCCCGCCGUCCGUCUGGUGUCCUCCUUCCUGCGGCGUCGAGUGUUCAUAUUGCGAGAGAAGCGGCCGCCGCUGGCGGACCACGGGAUGAUUCAGAUCAUCGACUUCUUCCAACGCAACAAUGAAAUGCACGCACUGUUCCCCCGCUACUACAACCACCUGAGCAAUGAGGAGAGUAUGCUGCUGAAGGCAUUUCAUAUGCUCUACGAACUAGCUAAAGACCGACUCUACCGGACAUCUACAGAGGCGAUGGCCCAAGAGCGCCAACUCUACGCAAUGUACAAGGAGAAUGAGAAGGUCAAGGUGCAAGUGGCGGAGCUGAGAGAGAAAAUCCGCUUGCAGAAGCUGGACCUUAAGCAGCGCGUGGAAGCUAAGGAGGCCCAUCUUCAGACCUGCGAGGAAAUGCUCGAGAAGAAGAUGCGCGAGAAGAACCAGCGUAUUCAGAAGGAAAUCGAUCGUAUCAACCGCAUGGUUCGUGCAAAGAGAAAGGUAAGCCUUGAGCGGCAGGCUGAACUGGAGGAGAAGUUGGAGGCGACCAAAAAUAGAUACGAAACGUCGACCAGGGCCUACUUGAAGCGGGAAGAGGCAUUGCGUGAGGAAAAGAACAAGUUGGUCUUACAGGUGCAGGCGCUAAUCAAAAAGUACGAUCACGUCAUUGGCGAUAAGAUGAUCGAGAAAAUUGAGAUAGGCGAACAGCACAAGGCGGCCAAGAAGAAGCUGGAUGACUUUAUGGUCGGGUUCCGGAGGGUAGAGCGGGUCUACAAGGAAGUCGUGGUGAAGCGCGAAGAGGAGGAGAACAGACGGCGACAGCAGCGCAUCAUCGUCUUCGCCAUGAAUCGCGCCGCUUCCAAGAUCCAGAAAUACUGGAGGAAGUGGAAGAGGCAUAUGCGCAGGAAGAACAGGAAGCUUAAGAAUACAAUCUAGUGAAAAUGUCUCUCGGUGAAAAUGUUCUAAAAAUUAUCUGUAAAUUCAGUGAAAUCAAACGUGAAAUGGUAUCUAACAGAUUCCCAAAAUUAAAUGGUAAAUGUAAGCUUAAA